AUGGCCUCGUCAACAGGACCGCCGACGACGCUGCCGCAUCGUUCUGUCGCUAACAUACGCUCGCCCCCCGCCGCUGGCCACCACGGGCCGUCGAGUGGGCCAUCGACUCCGCUGCGGCCUAUCACAUCGGCCUUCGCCUCGCCGUCCAGUCUCCGCGCUGAAGAGGAUCUCAUUAUCAUUGAGUUCGGCACUCGGAAGCUGCAAGUUGGCUUCGCUGGAGAUGCAGCGCCCCGGGGCAGCAUCUGGUUUGGCCCCGACCACCAGCGCCGCGUCGGCGACUUUCGCGCUUGGCAGACAGACUACCACGAUGACUGGAGGAACGCUGCGGCCGGAAAAUCAUGGGGCUGCGAUCACGAGCUAUGGCAGUCCGACAUCCGCGGUCUUGACCUCGGCUUAGUCGGCGACAAGAUUGAGAGGGCUCUGAAGGACGCCUUCAGCAGAUAUUUACUCAUCGACUCGCGUCCCCGCAGAGUGGUUUGCGUGCUUCCUUCGGACUUGCCCAUCCCGUUACUGUCAACGGCCCUAGACAGUCUGUUUAACCGGUUCCAGUCGCCCACGGUCUCACUGUUCUCGUCCCCGGUGGCCUCAGCCGUGGCCGCUGGCAUGCGGUCAGCCCUAGUUAUCGACCUGGGCUGGAGCGAGACCGUCGUCACGGCUGUCUACGAGUACCGCGAGGUCAAUUGCGGUCGGACCAUCCGCGGAGGUAGGAUGCUAGUAGAGCAGACUCAUAAUCUUCUCGCAAAGCAUCUCCCCCAGGCUCGGAAGGAGACCGAAGCUGCCCAUAGUUCUCAACAGGCGCAGGAUUAUGCGCUGAGCUUCGAAGAGUGCGAUGAGAUUACCACACGCAUGGUCUGGUGUAAGCCUUACCAUGCAGCCACCACCACGGUUGCCCAAACCGCCGAGGGCCUACCAACGGUACAAGAACACGACGAAUCUGAUGCCCGAGGCCACUCGUCUUCUGGAAAGGCUGCCACUGCGACGAUUCCUCUGAAAUCAGCGAAACCGCCUACAUUGCUAAACUUGCCAUACGACCUACUCACAGAGCCUUGCGAGAAUACAUUUUUUGACUCACGCUAUUCCCAGAGCAGCUUUGACGACCACGAGUUACCGGUAUAUCUGCUAGUAUACCGCAGCCUCCUCAACCUUCCACUGGAUGUCCGCGCAAUAUGUAUGUCGCGGAUUAUAUUUACUGGUGGGUGCACGGGCGUUCUGGGGCUGCGUAAACGGAUCUUUGACGAGGUGUCCCAUCUCAUACAACAGAGAGGCUGGGACCCUGUGCAAGGCAAAGCAACCGAGCAGUUACGUUCAAAUCUCAAGCUGAACCGAGGCACGCGGCAAGCAGGCACCGGCCCAACCGACGCGGCAUCACAAGCAGGCGGCAGUAGUGGUGGUGGUGGCGGCGGCGGCGGCGAGGAACAAGAUGGGGUUUGGCACGACGCGGCAAAUAAUACUCCAAAGGUCGACCCUAUUGAUGAGCAGCUGAAAAGAGGCGGCGAUAAACGACCGAGAGUUCAGGGCCAGAUGAGAGCCCUCGAGUCCCUCGGAGCCUGGACCGGCGCUAGUAUGAUUAGUCACCUUAAGACGCCGGCCAUUGCAACAAUUGGUCGCGAUCUCUGGCUCCAACAAGGCGCAGCAGGUGCGAGCAAGGCGAGCGAUGUCGAUCCCAAAACGCAGCAAAGACAGAGUCUUGGUGCGGGCGGGCUGAUAAGAGGUGCCGCUGCCAGCUCGGCCUGGACUUUGGGGGUCUGGGGAGCAAACUGA